CAAAAAAAAAAAAAAAAAAGGAACCUUUAGAACAACGUUGUUGAUGGGAUUCGCCGCCAGACAUAUAUUGGAUGGGGCCAAAUGCUGCUUCGUCCAAUUUGGCAGAAUCACCGACCAAACCCAAUCGGACACGACGCUUUGCCUUUUUUUCUAUUCUUUUCAUUCUCUCUCUCUCUCUCUCUCUUCUAUACGAACGCCUGCCAACUGAUCGCCCUUCCAAUUCAAACUCCCAUCACCAUCGCAUCCAUGGCGGAUUCUAAACCCCAAUUCCAUUCAGAUGGAGAAGUAAAAGCACCCAAUUUGUCUGGAACAAAAGAGGAAGAGAAUCACAGGGAAACCCAUGGAAGGCGCAAGGACAUUGAUGAGAACACCACAUUAGAUGCUGUUAGAGCUCCAAACGUGUUUGAGAGAGCAAAGGAAGAGGUUGAGGCUAUAAUUCAAACUAUUCAUCCCAGGAAAGAGUCUCCAAUAAGCAGAGAUGAAGCUCGAAAGGAGGAUGGAAAACAGGACAAACUGAAUUCUCCGUCAGAAAAUGAUGCCAAGACACCCAAAUUUUUGGAUAAAGCCAAGGAUAAGAUCCAAAAAAUUAUGAAACAUGAGAAAUCUUCACCUCGUCAUCAUAAAGAAACCCAUGGAAUGAGCAAUGACAUCGAUGAAAAUACCCCAGUCGAUGAGGUUAAAGGUCCAAGUGUUUUUGAAAGAGCAAAAGAAGAAAUUGAGGCGGUCUUAGAAACAAUACAUCCAAAGAAAGAAGAGACAGAUUCUGCUCCUCCAGAAAAGAGGGAGGGUGGAUUCAGGGCAACUAUUGGAAAAGGGUUGGAAAAGGUGUGCUCUCCUCGGAGUAGUCAAAGAAAUUAGAUGUGAAUUUUGGUUGAAGAUGAUUGAUCAAGUGGUCUAUUUUGAAUGAUACAGGUACUAUCACUGAGAAAAUGUUUGUGUUGUUUUGGAAACCUUCCAUUUGAUAACCAGUCGUAGAUUGAACCAUCUCUAUUCUUUACAUUGUACUCUUGCUAAAAAAGGGAUCACAGUUUAACAUUUUUUCUGGAACAAGGAAUUGUGUAAUAUAUUUCAGAUUGAAGAUUUAA